CCCCGCGGCGGCGCGGGGCGGGCCGGGGCCGCCAUGGACGACGAGGAGGAGACGUACCGGCUGUGGAAGAUCCGCAAAACCAUCAUGCAGCUCUGCCACGACCGGGGCUACCUGGUGACUCAGGACGAGCUGGACCAGACGCUGGAGGAGUUCAAGGCGCAGUUCGGUGAUAAACCCAGCGAGGGGCGGCCCCGCCGCACGGACCUGACGGUGCUGGUGGCUCACAACGAUGAUCCCACCGACCAGAUGUUUGUUUUCUUCCCCGAGGAGCCCAAGGUUGGGAUAAAGACCAUCAAGAUGUACUGCCAGAGGAUGCAGGAGGAGAACAUCACCCGAGCGCUGAUCGUGGUGCAGCAAGGCAUGACCCCGUCAGCAAAGCAGUCCCUGGUGGAUAUGGCUCCCAAGUACAUCCUGGAGCAGUUCCUGCAGCAAGAGCUUCUGAUCAACAUCACAGAACACGAGCUGGUCCCAGAGCAUGUUGUGAUGACCAAGGAGGAGGUGACGGAGCUGCUGGCCAGAUACAAACUGAGGGAGAACCAGCUCCCCAGGAUACAGGCCGGGGAUCCUGUUGCCCGGUACUUCGGGAUAAAGCGCGGUCAGGUGGUGAAGAUCAUCCGGCCGAGCGAGACCGCGGGACGAUACAUCACGUACCGGCUGGUGCAGUGAGGGGUGUCACACCUGCCCAGCUCCCCAUCCACCAGGAAUUACAGGCACUGAGGUGUCCACCUUUUCACAGAUAGCCAAGGAAAUUCCCUGCAGUUGUGUUACUUGGCCCAAUUCCAUGUUUUUCCAGCAUGGACUUUGCUGUAGCUCCAUGCUCUUCACUGAGGGCUCAAGCUGUGGAGGUGACCUGCAGGGUGUGCUUGGAGGAAGUGAGUGAGAAAAGGCCUUUGCUUUCCUGUUUAUAGGAUCUUCUUUCAAUAAAGGUUUGUACUUGCUGUUC